GGGUAAAAUUGAGAAAGGAUAAGAGCACAGUAGUUUGCAUGUGAUGAUGAUAUUAAAUAUAUGAUUUCAUUUCAUGUUUUUCAUUUCAUUUCAUUCAUAAAAAUAAAAUAAAAAUCCUAAUCCACUCUCUUUUUUAAUUCUUUCUCUGCAAACUGAAUAUUCUUCUUCUUUCUUUCCUAUAUAAAUUCCACACACACAUUACACAAUAAUUUCAACUCAGAUAUUACCCUUCUCAAUUUUCUUUCACCCAUCAUCGUUUUCAAUUUUCAUUCAUCCGCGAUUCUCCAAUUUCAUUUCUCAUAUUGAUUUUCUGAAAAAUCGAUACAAAAAGGGGAAAAAGAUUUGAUCUUUAAAUCAGGGGUAUUUUCGGUAUGAGACUAAACGGAGAAAUCUCAAGCGGAGAAGAAGAAGAAGAAGAAGUAAUAAUGGAGAAAUCUGAGGUGGGUACGACGCCGUUUUUGGGUCAGAAAUUGGUUGUUGGUUAUGCGUUAACGGUUAAGAAGAAAAAAAGCUUUCUUCAACCAAAUUUCAUUGCUCUUUCAAGGAGCAAGGGAAUAUACUUUGUUGCUAUUGAUGUAAACAAGCCACUGGCUGAACAAGGUCCAUUUGAUAUUGUCUUACAUAAGUUGUUAGGCGAGGAAUGGCGAGAUAUCAUCGAGGAUUUCAGGCAAAAACAUCCUGAAGUAAUCGUCCUUGAUCCGCCAGAUGCAAUUCAACAUUUACACAACCGCCAAUCCAUGCUUCAAGAUGUGGUGGAUCUAAACUUAUCUGACUGCAACGGCAAGGUUGGCAUCCCACGUCAGCUUGUAAUCACAAAAGACAAAAACCCAUCCACCAUCCCUUAUGAAGUCAACAAAGCUGGAUUGAAGUUGCCAUUAGUUGCGAAACCACUAGUUGUGGAUGGCAGUGCAAAGUCACAUGAACUAUUUCUUGCUUAUGACGAGUUCUCUCUUUCAGAGCUUGAACCUCCACUGGUUCUGCAAGAGUUUGUCAAUCACGGCGGUCUUCUCUUUAAGAUUUAUAUUGUUGGGGAUAGCAUAAAGGUUGUGAGGCGUUUCUCUCUUCCUAAUAUCAGUAAACGGGAGUUAUCAAAAGUCUCAGGUGUAUACCGUUUUCCAAGAGUUUCGUGUGCAGCAGCUUCUGCAGAUGAUGCUGAUCUAGAUCCUAGUAUUGCCGAACACCCACCAAGACCUUUGUUGGAAAGGCUUGCAAAGGAGCUUCGCCAUAGAUUGGGACUUCGCCUGUUCAACGUGGAUAUGAUUCGGGAAUAUGGAACCAAGGAUGUGUUUUAUGUCAUCGAUAUCAACUACUUUCCUGGGUUUGGGAAAAUGCCAGAUUACGAGCAUGUAUUUACAGAUUUUCUACUUAACCUAAAGCAGAAUAAGUGUAAGAAGAAACUUACUGCUUAAAGCAAGAGAAGUUGGAAGGACCGUUUGGCUUAACAAAAUAUUUUCUGUUUUCAUUUUAGUUGUCGUUAACAAUCACAAAAAUAUCAUUAUUUUUAUUUUAUUUCUUAUUUUUAAUUAUUUAUGGAGGAAGCAAUGGAGACAACUUAUUUUGAUGUUUUCAUUGUUUUCUGCAUAAAUAUUUGAGAAUAAGAAAUAAAAUAAAAAUUGUGAUAUUUUUACGAUUAUUAACGAAAAACAGGAAAUAAAAACAAUAAAAUAUUAUUUUUACUGAAUAGAUCAUUAGAUUAGAUCCAAUGAAUAGAAUGUUCAUGCUUAGUGGCUUUGUUGACUAUUGAAGAAGAACAUUAUACUUUUAACAACUGUCUACAAACUGGCAUGGAAUGUCAAUGAAGCUGACAAUAUAUUCAAAAGGGGUGAAAUAUGGUUUUCUAAUGUAUCUGUAUAUCACUGCACCAAUAUUGAUCAAUAGUGCCUUUGUUGCUGGUUAUUAUA